AUGAAUCGUAUUGCUAUCAAUGGUAUUAUGCGAGUAGUUCGUGUUAAUCCUACUAUUCGAACAGCUGCUCCAUAUCGUUGGGAGUCACGCAGUGCAUAUGGUGGUCAACAAUCACAAAGUUCUGCAUUUGUAGCCGGUGCUGCUGGUGGUCUUGCUGCACUUCUUGGAGGUUUUGCAUGGUAUCACUUUAGUGGCACGCGUCAAGUUGUUAAUAUUGCACGUGACACUAUUAACAAAGCUCAGCAAAUCAAAGAAAAAGUGAAAGAAACAGCUGACGAUGCACCGGAUAGUGCAGCUAAUACUGUCAGCUAUUUGCGUUCAGCUACUACUACUUUAAUUCCUGGUUCGGCACCAUUUCUUGGAAAAGUAUUUGAUCAAAUUGAACAGAUUAGUAAAGAUCAUGGUGAUGAUGCAAAAAAAAUAUUUGAUGAAACAUAUAAAGAUUUCGAAAAACUUGCUAAAGAAGGUGCUUUAGAUGCACAAACAGCCAGUAAAGCUGUAGAUAUUCUUCAAAAACGUGUUAAAGAACUUCAAGAUUUAGCUAGUGAAGCUGGUGGUGAUGCAUACAAUAAAUUAAUUUCUGACAAUCCAAAAUUAAAAGAACAAAUUUCGGAUCAAUAUAGCAAAUUAAAAGACAUUGUUGACAAAGCUAAAGAAAAAAAACCUGAACUUGAAAAACUUUAUAAAGAUACAUCAUCAGAAUUAACUAAAAUUUUUAAAGACAAUGGUGUAUCAAAAGAAACAGUUCAACAAGCACAAGAUUUAUUAAAAAAGAAAGCUGAAGAAGCAAAGAAAAUUGGUGAAGAUGUUGCAAAACAAGAUAAGAAAGAUACGAAAGAUAAGAAAGACACGAAAGAUAAGAAAGAUAAGUAA